AUGGUCCGUCAGAGAUCAUCCGCCCCGCGCUCCCAUGGAUGGGACUAUCUAUCCGAUGAUCACGAGAAUAGAGGGGACAGGCCAGGUUCUGCUACUCGCACUCUUAUGUUCGUCAGACUUCCCCGGGAGGUGGCAGAAGCCGAUCUCGUCCAACUAGCGACUAAAUACAGUCCGAAGUCCUGCUGUGAGGAUGGCUGCGUGGAGUCGACUAAGGUGGCUAUCCUGAUCUCGAAGCCCUCCAAUCACCGUGUUAUUCAGGUGAUCGUUGCUUAUGACCGUUUCGGUACGGGCUGGACAGUAGGAGCGACUUGGGCUAAAAGCCCGAACAAAGCGGGUGAGAAAGGCACUAAGAAGAGGGCGAACAAGAGUCAGAAGAAGAGAGAGAGGAAGAAAGCAAGCCCAACCCUGGAAGUCCCUCCCAAUGUGUUUGUCUCACCGUCUGAUGAAACUACACCAGUGACAGACAUGGCGCAAAGGUUGAGAGACGAAGCCAUUAGGUCGUUGACGUCCAGGCACCCGGGAACUCAGACCGCUGCACAUCUUACCGAGGUGUUUAACUCCAUGUUGGGGAUGCCGAUGAAUCCUCUUUAUGCCACAGACUUCAUCACUCCCACUAGCCGCCUAUGGUCUAUGCCUAACCAAGCUCAUGUUGGAAACGACAACGCUCCAGUGCAGCCUGUCGGUCCUCUGCGUAGCACUUAUGAGGUUUACGCUCACUAG